CGGUUUAUUUCUGUGAUCGCAACCAGCUCUUUGGUGUCUGUGCACCAGAAAGGACUCUAACUUAGAAAUGCUUGAGCGCGCGCACCGCGCUGAACUGACGUGCACAACCUCUUCGCGAACGCGCUGUUAGCGCCUUCUAGCACAGAUCUGUUUACUGCAAUAAAAUCACACCCGAUGGAUUAAAAACGUGUUGCAGGUUUUAGAGGCUUCGUGGCUCUCUUGGUAAACAGCUAUGGCACGUCAACACAGCUCGUCUGAGCUCUCCUGGGAUGCACAGUCCCUUCAAGCUGUCUCAUGUACAGAUCAGGACUCCGGAGUAGAAGAUGGAGAUGAAGCACCCAGCAGCCCUCUCCUCCCUGUGGAAGACUCCACCAUAUAUGUGGCUUUCGAAGGGAACAUGACUGAUGCAGACUUUCAGAGGAAACUGGAUGCCAUUUUAAUUGGAAUGCCAGACAUGCUAUUACUAGGUACUAAGAGACUUGAACCUGAGAAAGUGGAGCCGUGGAACAGUGUACGAGUUACUUUCAACAUCCCCAGAGAGGCGGCUGAGCGACUACGCCUCCUGGCCCAAAACAAUCAGCAGCAGCUCCGGGAUCUGGGCAUCCUCUCUGUGCAGAUUGAAGGUGAAGGAGCCAUUAAUGUUGCCGUUGGACAGAACCGAGUCCAAGAAAUAAGGGUCAAUGGACCCCUUGGUGCACCUGGCCAGAUGAGGAUGGAUGUUGGCUUCCACAUGCAGCAGGGGCAGGCUGGAAUACGGAUAAAUAACCCCUCCAUGUCGAUGAUGCCCCCUGGGGCUAAUAUAGCAAAUAUGGCUGCACAGGGUAUUGUACAGAAUAGUGGUGGACAGAUACACCCGAGAGCACCAAGACCACCUUCACAGACAGAUACAAUGAAUCCCAUGCUGUCGGGCAUGGGUUUACAGCAACAGCAACAACAACUCCAGCAUUCACAAGUUGGACAUGGUUCACUAGGCACCAUGGGACCACAGGGCCAUCACAUACAAGCCAUGCAAGUGAAUCGGCAGUUAAAUCCUGCAGCCCUACAGCAGCACCAACAACAGCAGCACCAGCAACAACAGCACCAACAACAGCAGGUUCAGUUAGCUCAACUAAGCGGUUCCCGUGGUCCUUUCAACCCCUCUAACCAGAUGCCUGUACCUCCUGGAUGGAAUCAGUUGCCCUCUGGAGUUCUCCAGCCACCACCUGUUCAGGCUGCAAUGGUACCAGGUUGGAGAAAAGCCCCGCCCCUGCCACAAAUGGGGCAGCGGCAGCCCUUGGCAUCUGUUCAAACACCCAAUCAUCCACCACCUCCAUAUCCAUAUGGCAGCCAACAGGCUGGACAGGUAUUUAAUACAAUGCCACAGCACCAGUUACAACAACAGCAGCAGCAGGCAGGUGCAAACCAGUUUGCAACCCCUCAGCCCAAAGGUCCCCAGACUGCAUCAGGGGUGGUCAGUUUAAGAGCACCUCCUCCCCUGCCUCCUUCCUCUGCUCCACAGGGUAGUCUUUCAGCUAAGUCUCCUGGUUCCUCUUCAUCUCCUUUUCAACAAGGCUCACCUGGAACUCCCCCAAUGAUGGGGGGACAGGGACAACUUGGUCCACGACCCACAACCCCCCAAGGGUUCCCACAGGGUGUUGGGUCACCAGGAAGAGCUGUGAUGGCACAGCAAGGAAACAUUCAGCCAGGUUUUAUGAGCAUUCCACAGCACGGACAGGUUUCACAGGGUGGUAUGGGAGGUAUGCCAAAAAGAAUGCCCAUGGGAUUCCCAAGUACUCCUGUCAAUCAGAAUUUUGCACAAGGGCAGGUUACUGCAAGUGGAACAGUUAGUACACCCCAGCUGCAAAACAGCCAGAGCAUGGCAAACUCGGGUGGCCAGUCUUCAACAUCAGCACCAAACCACAUGCAGCCCAAUCCACUUGGUGGUGGACUGAGCCACCACACUGGCAUCCCAGCCCAACCCCAAGGUACCACCUCAGGUGGCACUAUGGGGCAGCCUCCGCAAGGUCUUCAGAGUCAAAUGAUGAGCGUACAGUCCCAGCAUCAAACACAGGCAGUAGCCUCCUCCCAAAGUCAAAUGGCCCAGAGCCAAACAGGGGGUCAGACUGUCUUGUCCAGGCCAGUAAACACAGGCCAGCAAAGGAUGACUCCACCUAAGCAAAUUAUUCCACCGCAGGGUCAGGGGGUAAUGCAGAGCCAAAACCAGCUCAGUGGAGGACAGGGUCAUCAGGCUUUAUUACUGCAGCAGCAGCAACAACAACAACAGCAAAAUGCCAUGAUGGAACACAUGGUAGCCAGUCAAUUGCAAAGUAACAACCAGGCCUUUGGCCACAAAGGUCAACCUGGAGUCAUGCAAGGUCCAAUAAUGAGAGGCCCUUCACCCAAUAUACAAGGUAACCUGCCUCAGUUUCAAUCUCAGAUAGGUCAGCAACAGAUGACCCAGCAGCAACAACAACAAAUAGCUCAUUUGCAGCAACAACAGCAAUUACAGCAGCAGCAAUUACAACAGCAGCAGCAGCAGCUACAAAUGCAACACCAACAGCCACAACAGCAGCAACAAAUGCAACAGCUACAGCAGCCCCAUCAACAAAUAGUGCAACAACAGUCUCAACAAAUUCCAAUGAAUGGCAACCCCAACCAAGCUUUGGGAAUACAUGGUCCACAACUGCGACUUUCAGGAAAUCAUCAUAUAGUACAACAACAGCUUCAGCAAAAGCAGCAACAGCAAGUGAUGAUGCAGCAGCAACAGACUGGUCAGCAACAUACAAAUCAGCUAGCAGAUGGUAGUAUAAAUGCUGAUAUUGGCCAACAGAUGGUUCCAGACAUGCAGAAUCAGCAGCAACAGCAGACUAUGCUGAGUGGUUCUCAACAUUUACAGGUGGGCAAUGGCCAUUUUCCUAACCACGGAAUGGCAUUUAAUUCCCAGUUUAGUGGUCAGGUGCCCUGUGGGCAGGCAGGUGGGUUUCAAAUAAACAAGGAUGUGACAAUAACCAGUCCCUUAUUAGUUAACCUUCUCCAAAGUGAUAUUUCUGCAAGCCAGUUUGGGCCUGGUGGGAAGCAAGGAACAGGUGGGGUUUCUGCUAACCAGGCCAAGCCUAAAAAGAAGAAACCUCCUCGUAAGAAAAAACCCAAAGCAGGUGAAGGACAACAGUCAGAAGGUCUUUGUGGUAUGGAUUCACUUCCCCAUGGAAUGGAGGAAGUAGAGAUCCAAGGGUUGGGUGGUGAUCAAGUGGCUGGCAUUGACUCCAAUUCUAAACUUUCUGAAUUUGCUAAUCGACCAGGUCUGCAAGGUCAACCCGGAGAUCAGAGGGUAUUACAGCAAAUGCCAGUGCAAUGUAUGCCCUCACAACAGCAACAACAAAUGCCGCCGCAGCAGAUGCAACAGUUACAACAGCAGCAGCAACACAUGCAACAACAGCAACACAUGCAACAACAGCAGCAAAUGCAACAACAGCAGCAAAUGCAACAGCAGCAAAUGCAACAGCAGCAAAUGCAACAGCAGCUGCAGCAAAUGCAACAGCAGCAAAUGCAACAGCAACAGAUGCAAAUACAGAGUAUACAGGAUCCUUUAGGUCAGGCUGGAACAUCACAAGGAUCUCAUAAUGUCCAGCCCCUGAUUCAUUCACAACAGUCAAUACAAGUACAACAGCAGCAGCAGCCACCACAACACCUUCAACAACCUCAACAACAGCAAACACAUCAACAACCUCAACAACAGCAAACACAUCAGCAACAACAACAACAACAGCAGCAGCAACAAAUGAUGAUGAUGGUUAAAAUGCAACAGGAAGCUAAGAAUCGAAUGCCACUACAAGGUGGGCACAUGCCAAAGGCUCUUGUUAAUCCUAAUGAUCCUGCUCAGAGAAUGCCUGUAUCACAACAAGGCAACAUGCCUGUGAUGAUAGAUCUUCAAGGGCAUGGGAGUGUGCCACCUUCUCCGGAUAAAGCCAGGGGAUUGCCACUAUUGGUAAAUCCAGCUCUAACUGGUCCAGCAAGAAGGACACCCCUUUCAGAGGCUGGACAACCAACACAAGGGCUGCAGCCAGAGGAAACCCCUGGAACACAUAGCUUGCAGGACAGAGGACCUCUUGAAAUUGUUCCACAGUCAGGAAAUGGAAAUCAACAAAUGAUUUCUAACCAAGGUGCUAAUACUCAUUUAAUGAAGUCUGUUCCUUUAUCAGUGCCCCAUCAGCCAGGAACAAGCCCCCAACAGCAGUCACAGCAGGUGUCAGGAAUGGCUUCACAUAAUAUUCAUUUUUCCAGUGCUUCCUCAACUUCUCAAAGCUCCCGGCCCAAAACCCCUAACCGGGCCAGUCCCCGACCUUAUCACCACCCAUUAACUCCAACCAACCGUCCACCUAGUACUGAACCCUCUGAAAUAAAUCUCUCUCCUGAAAGACUGAAUGCCUCCAUUGCUGGUCUUUUCCCUCCUAAAAUUAACAUUCCUCUGCCACCCCGGCAACCAAACCUUAAUCGAGGCUUUGAUCAGCAGGGUUUAAACCCAACCACCCUUAAAGCAAUUGGCCAGGCCCCACCAAGUCUAGCAACUCUUCCUGUCAACAGUAACUCUAGUGGCAACAACAGUGGCCCACAGUCUUAUACAUCAGGUGGUGGCAUUGUAAGUUCUGGAGGAAAACAAGACAAACAACUUGGAGUUGGCCAAGCAAAACGGGCUAGUUCGGGUAGUGGACGGCGAUCCGGCCCUACUUCAAAUAAAAAAGCUGCCACUCCAAGCCCAGGAAGACAAAAGGUUGCCAAAACCUCACUGACAUCCCCUCCACACCAGCAGCAAAUACUGGGUCUACAGACUAUGAUGGUUAGUACCACUACAGUGCUCCCAACUACAUCUGCACCACUGCCUUCAGCAGGACCUGGGGAAUCACAUAAAAAUUUAAAUUCCCUUCAAACUGUACCUUGUUGUGCUGAUAAAAAUGGACAGAUGGGGGCUCCACAGCCAGAGCAGCACCAGGCAGUUCAGUUAAGAGAGCAGUCGUCUUCUAAAACUGCAAGCUCUCAGGAGCCAAAAAAUCAAGAGCCUAAUAAUUCGGUUGAACAGCAUGCUGAAAAUAAGAACCAACCACUAACAAUACCACAACAAGAGCUUGGCACUGCUAUAUCUACGGGUUUUAGAGACGCUCCAACAUCUCUAAAUCAACUGUUGGAUAAUACAGGUGCUCCACCUUUGCAAGUAAAAUCUCAAACUGUUCCUCAAGUAGGUAGAGAUGCUGGGCAGAAAGAGAGUCCCCAUGCUCCACUAGCCCAAGAUAACCAAACUCAUCCUGUUGUCUUGCAAAGCACAGAAAGUGGUAUUUCCUUGUCUACAAGUAGAACUGAUCAGAAAGUAAAAUCAAGCCCAAAUUUGGUUUCCAAUAGCAGUCCAAAUGUGCAGUCUGUCAGUGAGGUGUCUAGCGUUAGUUCAAACCAAGCAGUGCUCUUAAGCCUCACAUCCAUUCCCAACACCUCAGUAAGUUCAAGUCAUAACCUUAUUCCCAUUUCAAAUGCAUCUCAAACAGUAUUACAAAGGCCCGUCUCAUCAGCACAUUCCACAAUGCCACAAAACCAGAUCACAGUCUUUGUAACAUCUAAUCCAGUUAGCUCAGCUACCAACACUGCUUCAGUUGUUCCAUCAGCUAUUGUAUCCAAAGUUCUUGCAGUUCCCAAUAAAAACCUAAGAUCCCCAGAUGUUCGUCAACAAAACCCCAGUAGCACACAAUUUAUUACAGGACCUGUGUAUUCAAUAUUUCAAGCUACAUCUGUACCGUCAAGUACCAAUGUCAUGUCUCAGCCUGUUACUAUGGUUGGUCCCAUAGUCUCUGCAAAUAUCCAUCUUACUGCUAACCCAGUGUCAACUACAUCACCUUCUUCUGCACCACCACCAUCAACCAUGACAACAAACUCCCCUGCGGUCAGCAUGGCUGCUAGUCAGCAAGGACGCCCCGUUAUUGGACACCUUCAAGUUCAAGCACCUUCAAGUCAGGCUUGCCCUGUAAGCAUAGCACCACCAACUCAACAACCUAGUACUGGAAUUCCAAAACAGGAAAGUGUUUCAGAUUCAAGUAUCUCAAAACCUAGUCUUUCUGGACAAUUAUCCUUGCACUCCAGCAUGCCUUCACCUUUUCAGCAGUUUUUAGUAUCUUCACCUGCUUGCUCUAGUCCAGGGGCUACAGUUGUUGCUCGUAAAAGUCCCCUGUCUCUGACAACAACGUUGGCCAAAAGCAGUCUAGUCCAAACAGGUCUAGCCAAAAAUACUGUACCCAUUAUCUCUUCAAGCAGUGAUGAUGGACAAAAAGUCCAAAGCCCAGUCACUCAAAUAGGAAAAUCUGUGGAAGCCCCCACAUCUCUUGCUUCUUGUGUGAUUGCUUCUGAAAUCAUAUCUUCACUUCAGCCCUCUCCUUCAUUGACUGUUCCAAAUGUUCACGUAGCAUCUCCACAGUCUACACUUUCUCCAAAAAAUUCUACUCCUGAACUUGUGCCCACUUCUUCGUCAGUCCACACUUCUACAUCAACUUCUAACAUGCCACCCCCAACCUCUAACUCUGCCUUGCUUCAGGUGUCUAGUUAUGUUACUAAUUCUUCACCACUCUCUAGUUUGCCUGCAAUUUCAGCUGCCCAACCUGGCAUCGCUUUAGGAACUUCCACUACCACUUUUAGCUCUUCCACAGAAACAUCUCCUCCACUCCCUGGGGAACAGCAGGCUACUUUGCUGGUUGAUCCUAAUGUACCAGACUCAGUUGAAACAAGGGAAGCCGUUUCUGCUUCAAAUCUUUCAGCUCACGCUGAAGCUUCUCAGGAUGAUCAACCUCCAUGCGACCAAGCUGGUGAUCAAGCUGGUGAUCAAGCUGGCCAAGGAAUUAACGUUGCAGUAGAUCAAGGAUGGGCAAAGAAAAGAAAGACGCCCGUCAACUUAGCCCCAAGGGAUACAAGGGCCACCACUGAAAAGGCAAAAGGUCCUAGUCGUCGAAGUUCACGAACAGACAAAGAGCAUGAGGAGGAAGCAUCCGACAAUAGCCUGAGAAAGAGGAAUGCUAGGCCAGGGUCAGCCUCAUCUAACACAGGAAAAGGUGCCGAAUCAAACACUGGAGCCAGUCCCACCCAGGCAAAACGAAGGAAGUCGAAGUAAUGAGAAUGAAUAAACUUGUGAAUAAACUUUUUCGUUGUUCUUCUCUGAAUUUAUUUUAUCUGCUGUUUUUCCUUGUGUUCCGUGUUCCAAGUAAGAUAACCAUGUACAGCUUUUUUAAUCCUUAAACUGUAUUUUGUUUAUGGAUACUAGAUGACUUUUAGAUUUGUGUAUAAUGUGUUUGUAUGUCAUUGUUUUGAUGUGUUUUUUAUGAUUAAUAUUGAUUAAGUUAAUCAUGUGAUGCUGACUAAGAAUAGAAUCAUGUCUGUAGUAUCACUAUAUGUGACCGAAUCAGAUUUUUUCCCUAUAAAGUGUCAAGAAUUAACUGUGCUUUGAAUACUGUCAAUACUUAUAUUCAUACAUUAAGACCCCGGAUCACAUGCAUUAAACAAUUUUUUACAAGUG